UGAACAUGAGAAGCCAAAUGAGUUAAAGAGUCCAAAGAUGGGCAAAAGAUCCUUAACAAUUACGUCUCUUCUUUUAAUGGGGGGCUGAUUUCGUGAUGUAAAGUUUGAAUAACGCGUCCAAACAACGCCUAAUAUAAUCUAUACAGCUAUUACUUGCCUUUUAUAGACGAUCAAAUUUUGUUCCCUCGUUUUUCUAUGCGCAUCACAACCAUUUAUAAAAAAAUUCUCCAAUAAAUUAAUCUUCACAACAGCAAAAGCAAGAAGCAGAUUAAACCCAAGGAAGAACUUUUGUAAUUUCAGCUGCAAGAAUGGACGACAAGGACAAGAAUGAUACAACGGACAAAGGUCUAUUUACAGGUCUCAUGGGAUAUGCUGCAGGACAUCAUGGUCAUGGAUAUGGUGCAUACCCGCCUCAUGGUGGAUACCCGCCUCAUCCACCACCAUACCCGCCUCAUGGUGGAUACCCGCCCCAGCAAUAUCCACCGCAAUACGCGUCUCCUGGUGGAUAUCCGCCUUCCGGCUAUCCGCCACCUGGGGGAUAUCCUCCUUCGGCGUACCCUUCCCAUGGAGGGUACCCUCACCCUUCUUCUCAUCAUUCAGGGUACAGACCAAAUAUGGGACUCUUAGCUGGAGGUGCUGCGGCUGCGGCAGCUCUAUAUGGAGCGCACCAUCAUAUGCACGGACACCAUCAUAUGCACGGACAUGGCAUGUAUGGAUACGGUCAUCAUGGGAAGUUUAAGCAUGGGAAGUUCAAGCAUGGGAAACAUCAUGGCUUAUUUGGUCGAUCCAAGUUCAAGAGAUGGAAGUGAAUUAAACUUCACUUCUUGCUAUCAAUAUCAUCGUCAAACUCUUUUAUUGCAGAUGCAUAUAUAUAUAUAUACAUAUAUAUAUAUCACACAUUCACACUCAUGCAUUAAAGUAUUACCUAUUAUCUAUAACAAUCUAAGACCCUUUUAUGUAGCAAGUUUUUGAGUGUUAUUUAUUGAGUUAGUGUCGGUUAUAUUGUAGGAUUCAAUGAAGAAUGUAACAUUUAUCUAAGUUUUAGCGAGCUUAAUCACUUUUUAUAUAUAUAGAGAAUUCCGCCACUUAA